CGAUCAUGUAUAUGAGUUCGUGUACGUGCAUCGAGUCUAGUCAAAAGUAAGAAUGCAGGUAGAUUCUGUGGGCCAAGCACUUUGUGCGACCUAAAGGAACAACAACGCAGCUAUAGCUACAGCGCGUGAUCUCACCCACAAUGCGUCCACAUUAUUGCUGUGGACGACGCUGUAAUUUAUGAGGGUAUUAAAGGCAGGGCUCCUUCAAACCAGCUUCUCAUCUUACUCACUUGUCAUGGACCCUAUUGCCAACUUUCCAUUUACCAACCUUCCAGCUGAACUUGCCCUCCUCAUCCUCAAAUAUGCCGCGCAACCCACCUUUGACCAAACUGACAAAUAUGAGACUAAAAGUCCGUACUCCUCGACACUCGCACUCUGUCACGUCUCCAAAGCUGUCAGGCGCGUUGCGCUUCCCGAACUCCUACACACCGUAUCAUUGCCGAAAUCUGAAAACCUGAGAAUGUUCGUCGAUGCUCUGCGUAUGCAGCAAGAGUACGCGGAGAUCCAAAAACAAAACGAAUCCCGUUUGGAGUGCGGGGAGGAACAAACACAAAACGAUCUCUAUUUCGACUACGCACCUCACAUACACAAGAUAUGGAUUGGGUGCUCUGGUGCGAAUAUCGUACCAGAUCACCUGCUCCACCCGCACUAUGCACCGGCACGUAAGCUUGCCAUCAGCGUCCUGACACCGGUGCUACUCGCUACGCCGUCCCUUGCCCUUGCUUGGACAAGUCUGGGGCUUUUUUCAGAAUGCCUGGAACAUGCAUGGAAGUAUCAUGCAGACACGAAUGCCAACGACGAACAGUCCCCACGUCCAUGGAACACCAAAACCCUGACGUUGUCGGGUGAGACGACCGCCGGCGGCCAAUGGGAGCUCCUCAAGGACACUCCCCAAGGAUCCGCUUUCCUUGCCUCAAUCUCCCACCUCACCUACGGGUCCCACACAACCACAUUCGACGAAUUUCUUUUUAUAUCCAUGUCUCAUGGCUUACCUCGGAGCUAUAACCUACCUUCAUGGAUGAAGAGCAUUCCAUGGCCUCAUCUCAAGAACCUUCAAACUUUCUCAAUGGCCUACCCGUAUAUCAGACCUCCGUUCGAUAUAUAUGAUUUCGAGCACUUCAUAAAGAGAAAGGGAAGAAGCUUUCACGUAGAGGUGUUGACAUUGUCUGCAGCCAUGCUGACGCGCCGCCGCGAUGAUCGCCGUGAUUGGAGGAUAAGUGCGUUUGGUGAUACUGCUCCUGGAAAGGAGUAUAUUCGAUCGGAUAGAGUUGGUUUGAAAGUGUCCGAUUCUUCCAUACAAUUUUGGUUUGAUGAUGAUGAUUGGGAGAAGAUUUGGGCGUGCGGGUUGUGCGCCUGAUGAGGGGUGUUAUGAAGCCGAGAAGGGAUAUUAUGAUAUGACUGGUGUUAUAUGUAUGUACAUGACCGCGAUACCCAAUGGACAUG